AAUACACGCACACACACACAUAAAUUCAGGGCACGGAAGAGAGAAAGAAUAAGAGAGUUUGCUUGCGAAAAGGAGAUUUUACUCUCUUUUUAUAUUUUUUUUUUCCAAAGUCCUGAUCUGCCUCGAGCCCGAAGUGACUCGAGGUAAGAGGGCCAACCGACGAUCAGGUUACAAAUUAUUUUAGUAAUCAAAAAUACAUAUAAAUAAUUAAAAGUAUAUUUGUUACAACUGGAAAUAAAUAUAAAACGUUUAUCAAUUUAAGACUGACUUUAAUUACGACUGCUAGAGGUAAUUCCCGCACAAUGUCGACCGCUGAUGAAGUUUUUGAGAGUUGGGAGGAAAUGGAGGCAUCUGGAGCACUCGACAAAAAGCUCAGUGGAUUACAAUUAAAUAGUUUGGGGAGUCUGGAGGACCGACAAUCCAAAGUUGCUGGUGCGAAUACAAAUGGUAGGAUGAUUAUUCUAGGUGACGAUAGUGUUAGAUCACAAUAUGUACCUCCUAAACCGACUGUUAAAAUAUUGAAGCGACCGCAAAGUGAUUUACGGGGUAACGGCGAUGGCCAAAUGUCAAAUGGUGAUAAACCUAAACAGCCAAUUAAAUCAUUGAAACAAAGAGAACAAGAGUACGCGGAAGCGCGAAAAAGAAUUCUUGGAGAAGAAAGAAGUCCUGAAGAAAAAUUAACCCAUGAAGUAAAUAAAAUUCAGUCGAAAUUAAUAAGUCAAAGUCGGAGCCCCACUGAAAGUACUUCCAGUAAUAAAAUUAUCAAUCCAAUUAAUAAUCAAGUUAUCAGAAUGCCCAUUGGUCCAGACGGAACACGCGGAUUUAAUGCAAGGAGGUAGCAAGGCUACGCCAUUUAAACAGCUGUACAUAUAUUUAUAUAUAUGUAUAUAUAAAUACAUAUAAUUAUAUAUUUAUAUAUAUGUAUGUAUACACUAUCUUCAUCAGCAAACAAUAACAAAAACAAAAUAUGAUUAUAAUAAUAAAGAAAAAACUCCUCGGUAAUUUAAUUGAAAAAUUUUUCUACUGUGGCUCGGGGAGAGGCGGCUAUGAAGGUCGUCGAGCAGUGAACAGCAGCAGCUAAUCUCGUGAUCCCGACCAACUGGCUCUUCAGGACAGCUGAUAAAUUUCCUUUAAUUCAUCAGCUCAAGAUACUGGUGGAUCUUAAACUCCUGCAUUGAGUCGUGAGCUAGAAGAAAAAAAGAAAACUCUUGUUAUUUAUUUUCUACAAAUCACCGACCAGCAGAGGAGGAAAAGUUCUCUAGAGUUUUGUCCUAGAGAUAAAUGAACUCGAGUUAUUUUAAACAGCAGAAUUAUUCUGCAACGUUCAUCUGUUCAUUGCAAAUUUAACCCAUUUAAUUGAUAAUUACAUUAAUUGCAUAACUACAUUAUUAAAUUAAUAAUUUAUCUUUCACUCUCUCUAUUGACAUUUACUUUUGUGGUUUACAAAUACUUAUAAGUACAUCACUUAAGUUUUAAAAUAAUACUAUGACAAAUUUUUCAUGUACAUUAUUUAACAUUCAUUGUUUUUCAGUAUGUAAA